AAGAUCUUCUUCUUCAAACUUUGGAACUCAAUCAAUUGCAACUACAAAGCACAAAAGAUUAUCUUCACUUCACAAUGUUGAGAGGCCAACGUUACUUGCUCCCAGCUGCUGUGCUGUUCUACGCCUUAUUGGUGGUUAUAGGACCAAUGUUCUCUCCAAAAGGUUUUGCCUUAGCUCAAGCUGAUAAUGAUACCCAAGAAAACUAUGGUACUGUGAUUGGUAUUGAUUUAGGUACAACUUACUCCUGUGUUGCUGUUAUGAAGAAUGGUAAAACUGAAAUCUUGGCCAAUGAACAAGGUAACAGAAUUACUCCUUCCUAUGUUGCUUUUACAAAAGAUGAAAGAUUAAUUGGUGAUGCUGCUAAAAAUCAAGCUGCCGCCAACCCAAAAAACACCAUUUUUGAUAUCAAAAGAUUGAUUGGGUUAAAAUACAACGAUAAAUCUGUUCAAAGAGAUUUGAAACAUUUCCCUUUCACCGUUGUCAACAAGAAUGGUCAACCAGCUGUUCAAGUUAAUUUAGAUGAUGAUGAAAAAGUUUUCACUCCAGAAGAAAUCUCCGGUAUGAUUUUAGGUAAAAUGAAGUCAAUUGCUGAAGAUUAUUUAGGUAAAAAAGUUACCAAUGCAGUUGUUACUGUUCCAGCCUAUUUCAAUGAUGCUCAAAAGCAAGCCACCAAAGAUGCUGGUACUAUUGCAGGUUUGAACGUUUUAAGAAUCGUUAAUGAACCAACCGCAGCUGCUAUUGCUUACGGUUUAGAUAAAACUGAUGGUGAACAUCAAAUCAUUGUUUAUGAUUUAGGUGGUGGUACUUUUGAUGUUUCUUUAUUAUCAAUUGAAAAUGGUGUUUUCGAAGUUUUAGCCACUUCUGGUGAUACCCAUUUAGGUGGUGAAGAUUUCGAUUUCAGAGUUGUUCGUCAUUUAGUUAAAACUUUCAAAAAGAAACAUGGUAUUGAUGUCAGUGAUAACAAUAAAGCUAUUGCUAAAUUAAAACGUGAAGUUGAAAAAGCCAAGAGAACUUUAUCAUCUCAAAUUUCAACUAGAAUUGAAAUUGAUUCAUUUGUUGAUGGUAUUGAUUUAUCUGAACAAUUAACUAGAGCUAAAUUUGAAGAAUUAAACAUUGAAUUGUUCAAAAAGACUUUGAAACCUGUUGAACAAGUUUUGAAAGAUGCUGGUGUUAAAAAAGAUGAAAUUGAUGAUGUUGUUUUAGUUGGUGGUUCUACUCGUAUUCCAAAAGUUCAAGAAUUAUUAGAAACUUAUUUCAACGGUAAGAAAGUUUCAAAGAGUAUCAACCCAGAUGAAGCUGUUGCCUUUGGUGCUGCUGUUCAAGCCGGUGUUUUGUCUGGUGAAGAAGGUGUUGAUGACAUUGUUUUAUUAGAUGUUAAUCCAUUAACUUUAGGUAUUGAAACCACUGGUGGUGUCAUGACUACUUUGAUUAAAAGAAACACUGCUAUUCCAACUAAAAAAUCACAAAUUUUCUCAACUGCUGUUGAUAACCAACCAACUGUUUUAAUUCAAGUUUAUGAAGGUGAAAGAGCUAUGGCUAAAGAUAACAAUUUAUUAGGUAAAUUCGAAUUAACAAACAUCCCACCAGCACCAAGAGGUGUCCCACAAAUCGAAGUUACUUUUGGUUUAGAUGCUAAUGGUUUGAUCACCGUUUCAGCCGCUGAUAAAGGUACUGGUAAAUCAGAAUCAAUUACCAUUAAGAAUGAUCGUGGUAGAUUAUCAAAAGAAGAUAUUGAUCGUAUGGUUGAAGAGGCUGAAAAAUAUGCUUCCCAAGAUGCCGAAGUUAAAGCCAAGAUUGAAGCUAAAAACACUUUAGAAAACUAUGCUCAUUCAUUAAAGAAUCAAGCUAGUGAUGAAAAUGCUUUAGGUGGUAAAAUUGAUGAAGAUGAAAAGGAAACUUUAAUUGAUGCUGCUAAUGAUGUCUUGGAAUGGUUAGAAGACAAUGAAGAAACUGCCACUAAGGAAGAUUUGGAUGAAAAAUUUGAAUCUUUAUCAAAAGUUGCUCAUCCAAUCACUCAAAAAUUAUACGGUGCUCAAGGUGCUGAAGGUGAAGAAGAUGAAGAUGACGAUGAUGAUUACUUUGAUCAUGAUGAACUAUGA